AUGCCUUUUACCUCGUCAACCAUCACACGCCUUCAAGGCAUUGUCGACGGCGCCUGUGCUGAUCAGAAAACCGGCAUCCCAGGCACAACCGUUGUGAUUGUUGGCAAAGAUGGCAAAGAGCUCUUUGCACACUCUAGCGGAUCGCGCGGGGUUGAUUCCAAGGAGCCCAUGUCGCUCGAGACUGUUUUUUGGAUGGCUUCUUGCACAAAACUGCUGACGGGCAUAGCAUGUAUGCAGUUAGUCCACCAGAAUAUCCUAAAAUUAGACGAUGGGGACCACCUGGAGCAUCUCUGCCCUGAACUCAGGGAUGUAAAGGUGCUGCGGGCCGAUGGUUCUCUGGAAGAUAAAAGAAAAACCAUCACCCUGCGAAUGCUGCUCACUCAUACAGCCGGGUUUGGGUAUACUUUUUUCAACGAGAGGCUGAGGGACUGGGCAUUUCCGGCCGGAGUAGACGAGUUUUCCGGGCGGUUUGACGAUAUGAAAACGCCUCUGCUUUUCCAGCCAGGCGAAGGGUGGGAGUAUGGAGUUGGCGUCGACUGGGCAGGGAUUGCUCUGGAAAGGGCCACGGGUCUUCGAUUGAAUGCAUACUUGCAGAAGAACGUAUUUGAGCCAAUGGGUAUCACGGACAUGUCAAUGAUUCCUACAAAGUCUAUGCGCUCCAGAGUCGCACAUAUGCAUGCCAGAGAUCAUGAUGGCUCCCUGCGGCGAAGGAACCAUCUCCUUCGCGUGCCGUUGGUUGUUGAUCCAGAUGACCAUGCUCAGGUUGAUCAGGUCUUCAACAGCGGUGGCGCCGGCAUGUUCGCAAAGCCACAAGAAUAUAGCAAAAUCCUGGCAAUGCUGCUCAACAAUGGCACAUGUCCGCGAACCGGCGCAAAGAUCCUACCCGCAGAAUCUGUCGAGGAGAUGUUCCGCAACCAGAUUCCCGAGUUCCCCAACUACAGCCGAAAAAGCAUCCCGGCAUCGAAACCUGAGUUGACGAAUCCAAUUCCCCAGUUAUACCCCGUGGAAGGAGAUCCACCUCAGGGUUGGGGUAUCACUUUCAUGCAGAGUAUGGGUGGGCCAACGGGCAGAUCCAAGGGGACUGGGCACUGGGCUGGUCUGGCCAACUUGUGGUGGUGGUGUGAUCGUGAGAAUGGCGUUGCAGGAAUAGUGUGUACUCAGAUCCUGCCUUUUGCAGACCUCAAGGUUUUGCAGCUCUGGGGCCAAGUCGAGGCCGAGACAUACAAGGGUCUCAAGGAAGUAAACUAG